AUGAAUAUGAAUAUAGAACCCAUCAAGACUCCAAAUCAAGAUGCACAAGGUCGAUCGUAUGACUUAUUGUCACCAACACAAGUACUGACUGGGCAACAACAACAACAACAACAACACCAAUCCGAACCAGAGCAACCACAGAUGGCUGACAAACAGAAACAUAAGAAAAAGUGCCGUGGUGAUCGUAAAGAACAACGUCGACGUCGACGACUACGUCGAAAAGGUUUAGAUCCAUAUACAAUAACAGAAUUAGAUUGUCGGAAACUCAAUUUUGAGCAACAAGAGGAACGAGAACAACAACAUCAUCAAGUAAUCGAACAAAAUAUAUCAGACAAAACACAAGUUUAUGUACCAUCUGAACAAAUGGCUCGUUCUACACCAAAUAACAUUGAUCACCAUGAUAAUAAAAUGAAAAAAUCAAUCAAACGCAAAAGACGGGAUACAUCAUCAAAACCAUCAUUGAAUACAAUUGAUAACACUUUAAGUCAAUUAUCUAUUUCUCAACCAUCACCCAAAAAACCAAAAAUAGUAACGAAUGAAAUUGAACAAGUCACUACUAAUGGAAGAUCAGAAACGCAACGUUCAAAAUCUAAAAAACAAAUUAAUCGUAAUAAUGAUGGUUCUUAUAUACCUGAUUAUUUAAAAGUAUCAAAUCGUAUAUUUAAAAAAAUGUUAAUUAAUUCAUUAGAAGGUGCUAAGAAAAUUGUUAAAAGAUUAAAUUCCAAAGAAAAAAUUAAUUAUAUUCGUCAAUAUGCUUAUUUAAUACAUCGUCUAUUCUAUGUACAAUUACAAGAAAGUCAAUGGAAAUAUUAUUAUGAUAUUGGUAUGGAAGAAAAUAUUUGGUAUGGACGUGUUUCAAAAAAAUGGGCUGCUAUGAAUAGUAUGAAUUAUACAUAUGGUCGAUCAAAAACAUUAAUUAUACAACGUUUAAAAACAAUUGCACGGCAAAUUCAACAAGCAUCACAAGCAUUACAAAACUUUGGUAAUCAACCAUUACCUCAAUGUAUAUCAGAAUUGAAUCCUCCAUUGGAUUUUACAAACCUGAACGCAAUUGUUACCGCUGUUGUACGUAAAGGUCAACAUAAAUUAAAACAACAAUUUGAACACAAUAAAAAAAUGUUAAUAUUAGACUCAACUGAUCAUCAUUUAGUACAACAAGUUUAUGAUUUAAAACCAAAUAAACAACAAAUUCGUUGUAUUCGUAAUAUAUGGCAAGCAAUUCAAAAUGAAAAACAAAUGGAAGAACAAAUUAAAAUAUUAAAACAUCGUAUCCAUUCAAAUUGUUUACCACCUGCAUUCAAUCUCCUCGAUUACUCUCUUGAUAAAAUUGAUAAAAUACUUAACCGAUCAAAACAAUCUUCGACUAAUGAUAAUGAUAACAAACAACAAACCAUAUUAAAUGCACGUCGUUUAAAAAAAAUUGGUCGAUUUAAAUAUGAUAUGCUUGAAUUAAGUAUAGCCGCCGGUAAUGACAAAGUGCGGCAUUGGAGUAAAAUUGCAAAAAAAGAAAAACAAAAAUUAAUAACUAUUACAGAUAAAUUAAAGAAAAAUAAUACAAAUUCUGAUAUGUUCAAACAAUUAAUGGAAACUAUUGAAGCACGUGAAAAACAUAUGAUUGAACGAGCUGAUUAUAUUACACAACAAAAAUUGAAGUCUUUUUUCGACGAAGCUCCGGCGUCACAAAACGAUACAAUGAACAUCGGCGGCGUCGGAGCCAAUCAAAAUUAA